GAAAAUGAUCAGGAUGAUUGCCUGGCUGUCGUGUGCCAAAGAAAUGGAUCAUAUACUCGAUUUCUUGGCUCUGCCUUGCCAUUGUGAAGGAAACUAAGCAUCUCUGCUGCUUAACAAUCCCGGCUUCCUAGCAAUAAGUGUUUGAUUUCAAUAAAGUCAAUUUUGAUUGAGGAGCAAUUUUGGUUGAGAAAAAUAAUCCUUGCUGCGGUAAAGAAGGUUAAUUGUGUAGAACAAGUGACUAACAUGAAUAAUAUAUGGCCAAGCAAUGUUGAUCAAGUUUGCGUGAAACCUCUCCUCCCUCUACUCUCCUUUCUGUCUUUGUGUAUGAACAAUGACGAAUAUCCUAAUCCAAAUUGCUCGUUUUGUGUGACUCUUAUGUCAUUGGUAGGAGACGACCCUCUUGGAGGUGAAUCGGUACAUUUUGUACAUUUUAGUAACCGAAUCUAAAGAUACUUGUUCCAAAACCUUGAUCAUACACACUAGAGAACAAUUUAAAGAUGGUGGAUGUUGUGACAGAUAGUCUUAUCGUGGCGCCAUGCGUCUUGGGUCUGGUUUGGUCCGCCAAGGAGUGCAUCUACUUGCGUAACGUCAAACUCGAUGGGCAUGCUGGUAUGCUCACCAAAAACGACAGCCUCGGUAAGCUUCCGCGUUUUUGCACUUACUUGGUUUUGCAAUGCUUGACUGAACUAAAUGAGUCUACAAAAGGCACUUUCACAUUCACUCCGACAUGUGUCCUUAGCUGUGACGCUUUGAAAGCAUUUUGGGUUUUUACCCCGUGCGACUCGUGUUCAAGAAUUCGAAUGCUACACCCCCUCACCUACAUCCAGGCCAAGACGCGCAAAAGAUUGUCGCUGCGAUGACCGAGAUCGCUGGCUACAUCAGUGAGGGCGCUAACGCCUUCUUGAUGAAGGAGUAUCAGUACAUGAUGGUCUACAUUGUGCUGUUCAGCUGCAUCCUCACCCAGGUCAAUAUGGCUACCGUUGUUGCCUUCAUCGUUGGUUCCGUGACGUCGAUCCUCAGCGGAUACAUCGGAAUGAAGAUUGCGGUACUCUCUAUUUUAGACGACCCUUGCUGUUGUUGUUGUUGUUGUUGUUCCUGGUGCUAAUCCUGGUGCUAAUGAGUCUCCUACUACAGAAACUAAAGAGAAAAAUUGUUGUUUUUUCCGUAUUGUGAUUACCCUUAAGAAGAUCGUUCGUGCUAACAGGUGUACACCAACGUGCGUACUGCUCAUGAGUGCUGGAAGGACCUGGGAUCCGGGUACGACGUUGCCAUCCGAGGUGGCUGCGUUAUGGGGUUGUCCUUGGUGUCUUUGGGUGUCCUGGCCCUCUACGGUCUAAUCAUCUUCUUUGAUUCCGCUUCCGAUCCCUUUGGCUUCGGAGCUGACAAGUCCGCUUUGUUCGACGCGAUCGCGGGAUUUGGACUGGGUAAGGAACUCCUUUAAAGCCGGACAAGAAGUUGUAUUUGUAAGCACCUGUCGCUUUAGAACUUUACAAGAGAAAGAUGAGUACGACAUCCCUAAUAAACCCUAAACCCUUCGACCAUCGCCCUCCAACAGGUGGAUCCUCCAUCGCUCUCUUUGGUCGUGUCGGUGGCGGUAUCUACACGAAGGCAGCCGAUGUUGGUGCAGAUCUGUCCGGAAAGAAUGACUACGGCCUUGAUGAGGACGAUCCACGUAACCCAGCCUGCAUUGCCGAUAACGUCGGUGACAACGUCGGAGAUGUCGCUGGUAAGACUUUUUUUGGAGUUUUUUGUUCAACAUUGACUUAGUUCUCUUUGUUUUCCUUUCGACGAGGAUCUACUGAUUAGUUGCAAUGAACGAGAGGAAGUGGGUCACCAUACCGGAGAAGACUGCGUGUUCUUUCGCCGCUUCGUGAAUCUCUGAGCGACGAGGACUCGCCCGCAGCAGCAGUCUUCCCUACCUCGACCUCCAUCUCCCUCUGCACCACCACAUCGCAGGUAUGGGCGCCGAUUUGUUUGGUUCCUUCGCUGAGGCCACCUGCGCUGCGCUCGUUGUUGGAGCCAGUUCCGCUUCCUUCGGAGCAACCGGAAUCGCGAACAACUGGAAUGCCAUGAUGUUCCCCGUCUUGCUUUCUUCUACGGGAAUCCUAGUUGGUGUCGCCACUCUGUGCCUCGUCAACCAAGUCUAUCCAGUCCGUGAUCUGCCGGACAUCGAGAAGGCCCUCAAGGGCGUGCUCGUGAUCUCGACGGCGUUGGAGAUUCCAGUAAUUCUUCAAAAUCUAUAAGUUAAACAACUACACGGACUUAUAAUUUUACAUUCGCAGCACAUCACAACUUGUUGUUCCAGUUCAUCUAGUGAUUCAUUCAUACUAGCAUGCUCUUGAUACCCGCAUUAUUUCAAACCACCUUCAGGUCAUUUUCAUCUUAGCAAAAGUUUUCCUUCCGGACACCCCGUUCGACCUCGCUGAAAACGCCAAGGGUGUUACAUGGUUCACCGCCGCUAUCCCAUGCGUCCUCGGAGCUGUCAGCGGACUGAUCAUUGGUACUUGUUGUUUUGCUGGCAUAUAUGGGUCAUAGGUAUGUAAGAACCACGAUGAAGGAUAAAGAAGAAGCUUUGGUUUUCAAGGUAGAAGAUGCUCGUGGGGAUUGAAAAAUUAUCAGCACGUCGCUCGUCACUGAAAUUAAUAUACAGGUUUCAUCACCGAAUAUUACACUUCGCACUCCUACCGACCGGUCCGUGAGAUCUCUGAGACUCAGCGUGUGUCCGCCGCCACCGGAAUCAUCUAUGGUCUUGCUCUCGGAUACUUGUCCUGCGUUAUCCCAGUCGUAUGCCUUGGUGUGACCAUUUUGGUCGCUUUCACCCUGUGCGGGUCCUACGGUGUUGCCCUUGGCGCCAUUGGUAUGUUGUCGACCAUGACUAUGGGCCUGACGAUCGACGUGUACGGACCCAUCAGUGACAACGCUGGUGGAAUCGCGGAGAUGUGCGGCUUGGGCGCGGAAGUGCGUCGUCGCACCGACGCCUUGGACGCGGCGGGAAACACCACCGCUGCUAUCGGAAAGGGCUUCGCUAUCGGCUCUGCUGCGCUCGUCUCCUUGGCCCUGUUCGGCGCCUACUGCGUGCGAGCGAACGUACUUAUAACUUCUGGGUUUCACUCCUCCACUCGUCGUCACAUCUACUAUUACAACUGUAGUUUUGCAUAAAGUUGACAAGAAACAGUUCUUCUAGAACAAAUGGAAGAACAAAUGUUUAGUCUUCAUUUAACCUUGACCACCGGAACAUCACGAAUAUUAAUUGCUAAAGCUUCCUCCAUCCACCAUGCAUAUCUCAGGUCGAAACCGUCGAUAUCCUCGAUCCGUGGUGCUUCUCGGGUCUUCUCUACGGUGCCAUGAUGCCGUACGCGUUCUCCGCUAUGACUAUGAAGUCAGUCGGCGAGGCUGCCAACGAUAUGGUCAACGAGUGCAUGCAGCAGUUCCCAAAGAUCUUAUCCGGAGAAAUCAAGCCAGACUACCAGCGCUGCAUCUCUAUCUCCACAGAAGCUUCCCUGCGAGAAAUGCUUGCCCCAGGAGCCUUGGUCAUCCUGUCUCCUCUGAUCGCUGGUCUCUGCUUCGGAAAGAACUGCACAGCGGGUGUGCUCUCGGGUACUAUUGCUUCUUCUAUUUGGGAAAACACACUCUUUGUUCGUAACACGACAGAGCUUCAGAAUCUAUCAUACACACUUACUAGCUUGUUCUGCUCGUUUUUUCCAUGAUUCCUGAGGUAAAUCAACAAUUUUCAUUUUGAUCUCCCAAGAACGCCUUUCCCCAACCAGGUGCUCUCGUCUCCGGUGUCCAACUGGCUAUCAGUAUGAGCAACAGCGGUGGCGCGUGGGAUAACGCUAAGAAAUACAUCGAAGCCGGUGGCUUGGGACCAGAGUUCGGAAAGGGCUCCUCCGCACACAAGAACGCUGUUACCGGUACUACAUUACUUCUCUUGAAGAUGCCCUCUACCUCUAGUUUUCUGAUGAAAGUAGGUACUUAGAUUGAUGGUCGUAUCGACAGUUGUCCUCUCGUCCCGUGCAUGAUGAUAGCGUGUGGGCCAUAAAAUAAUCGCCUGAUAUCUGGUGAACAAGCUUUUUUUAGGCAUUAUACCAGUAGUACAUCAGAGGUUGGGAAAUUCCUAUCUGACCUCCUUCUCCGCGAUUCGGAAAUAUGUCACUCAUUUCUACCAUGCUUUUUACUUCAGGUGACACCGUUGGUGACCCAUUGAAGGAUACCAGUGGUCCGUCUUUGAACAUUGUCGUGAAGCUUUCCGCUAUUAUGUCUCUGGUCUUCGGAUCCGUCAUUGCCGAGUGGAGCAACCCGGUCACCGGUGGUCCAUUCUGGUUGGGCUCCUCUGCAGUUGCUUCCAAGAUCCCGACCAAGAUGCAGUUGUGAGUAUGCCUGUGCGGAUAACUUCAACUCCGUCUAGGUCCACUUCAAGGACUACAUCAUCUUUCUGCGGUGUAAAAUAUCACUGGUCUGCAGUGAAAAAUCAAUCAGGCAAGACUUUUAUCAUCGUCCUGCGCAAAAGGACAGCAUGAUUCUGAGAAAUCUAAUGAAGAAACGGGAGUAAUGGUCCAUGAUUACUCGACUGAGGUCAUUCUUGACCGUGGAUGAGCAUCAUCCAUCAUGGCCAUUCUUUCGUAAAAUGAAUCGAGACGUCGUAAAAAUGUUCCACCUGUCCCACGCUCGUGUAACUCAGGUCGUAGACUCUGAAUUCCCGAAUAUCUAGUGACUAGUACAAGUACUAGAUUCCCAUAGAAUUAUGAUAUUCGCCUGAAUACUUGGUUACAUCUACAUUCUGCCGCUCAGUUGUUGUAACAAAAUCAUAAAGGUGGUUGUAGUACAUAAUCUGAAUCCAGCGCAUGAUUAUUCAACAGGACAUAAAGAUAAAAAAGUACUCUGGGAAGAACAACAUAGGAUCUCUAGACAUCAUAAGAAUGAAAACUUUUGCGCGGAAGAUAUGUAGUUGUAUCGCUCGAAAAUCUAUCACUAUCUCACUUCAUCACUUCGUAAAGCAUUCACCUCCUAACGUGAUACGACAUAGCGCAGCGCAGCGGCCUGUUCAGUCCGCGGAUCAUCCGAUGAGUGCGCAUAUCGAUGUCGAUUCCCAAUUUUCCGCGCGUUGUUGCACGUUAUGUGG